AUGGCACCGCAGUCAAAAUCGCAAAAUGAGAAGCACAAGAUGAUCCUCGCCCAGCUCCUCCAAAAGGAAGAAAACAAGUAUUGCGCCGACUGUGGCACCAAAUCGCCAAGAUGGGCAAGCUGGAACUUGGGCAUCUUUAUGUGCAUCCGGUGCUCUGGAAUUCACCGAGGAAUGGGCGUCCACAUCUCCAAAGUGAAAUCUGUAAAUUUAGACACAUGGACGCCAGAGCAAAUGCAGAGCAUAUGUUCAAAAGGAAAUGAAUGGGGGAAGAACUAUUAUGAGGCGAACUUGGCGUCUUCAUUUGCUCGACCAGUAAAUGACGACAGCAAAAUGGAAAGAUUCAUAAGAGAGAAGUACGAAAGAAAAAAGUACUGCGCCUCGAAGCCGCCAGCAUUGAACUCUGUCUCACUGUCAACUGCCUCUUCUAGAACUUCAAAUCAGCAGAGGCAGCAAGUAUCCGUCCCAUUGCCAAAGCAGAACGCGACCAGAGACACGGCCACUUCAGCAAUUCCAAGAGCGCGAGGGGCCAGAUCAGGCGUGACAUCCCCAAUCGAACAGAUUGGCAACGGUAUUCCACAACAAGCAACUGCCCAGCAAGCCGCUCCCUCGUCGUCCGGCUUUGACGAUUUACUUGGACUUGGAUCCCCAACACCAGCAGCUCCAGUUCAAGCCGCCCAGGUUCCCGUCGCGUCUACUCCAAGCGCGGCCGAUGAUAUCUUCGGUGAUUUCACUUCUGCAACUGGCGAGCCAGCUACCAGUGCUCAGCCUGCGGCUGCUGCUCAGCCAGCCGCCGCAGCAGUUGAUUCUGGCAAGAAAUCCAAUGCAGAUAUUCUAGCACUGUUUGGAGCGGCCCCUGCUUCAGCUCCUAAUCCGAUGCAAGGAUUUGGAAUGAACCAACCCAAUCAAUUCGGCGCACCAAUGCCCCAACAAGGUGGCUUCCCCCAGCAAGGAUUUCAGCAGCAGGCCUUCCCUCAACAAAGCCCUCAAGGAUUUAUGCAGCAGAGUCCACAAGGCUUCGCCCAGCAGGCUCAGCCUUUCGGAAACCAAGCUGGCUUCGGUCAAGCUCCUCAGCAACAAGCUUUCAACCCGAUGCAAGCUAAUCCAAUGGGUCAACCAAUGAAUAACAUGGGCUCCUUCCAAAUGGGAAAUCAAUUCGGCGGUCAACAACCAUCACAAGCUGCCUUCAACGCGGCCAAUCCCUUCAUGAACUUAUCAAAUGCAACGCCACAGCAACAAAUGUCUACACAAAACUCUCUCGAUCAAUUGAACAUCGGAAUGGGAAAUCUGACGACGAAGCAAUCGCAGCCAAACUCCAACCCUUUUGCAUCGAUGGAUCAAAAGCCAAACCCCUCCGCUGCUCAGAACAGUUUGAAUUCUCUCAACAUUGACCUUUUCGGGUAA